AUGAACCCAUCGAUUUAUUCCACCGCAGCUGAUAUAUGGACACUAGGUGUCAAAUUGUACGAGGUCUUGGGGGAGCGACCAAUCUUCGAGACAUUUUCCUGUCACCGAGAUGAUAUGUUCGGCGAGAUGGUGAACACGCUGGGCGAACCACCCCUAAGAUGGUGGAAAUUCUUCAAAGAGGAUGGGUCACGGAUCGCUGACUUCAGCCGUUUCAACACUCCCGCCUUCCGGUGUCUGCCCCAGCGCCCCUGGGAAAUGGGCCGUGGCGAGACGGAGCAAACGUGCGAAUGGGAUGUUGCAGGUGGUGAUUUACGUGCGUUGGAGGACAUGCUUAGAGCUAUGCUGGCGUUUGAGCCUACUGAACGCCCCACGGUGGACCAAAUCCUAAAAUCCGAGUUCAAUGUGGUUAAGUGGCCUUGCCCGCGUGGGAGAGGCAGAAAGCGCGGAAAAGCGCACACUCUACAGACGAAGAGCGUUGAGCCAUUAUGUUAG